GGGAUGUAGCUGCACAGCCCCGUGUGUGCCCGGUGGCUCCGGCUCCAUCCCCGGUGCUCAGCGUGUGGUGCCGUGUCCCAGCGCAUCCCCGUCCGCCCGGGGCCGCUGCCGUGGCCCUCAGCGCUGGAGUUUGGCACGUUGCUAUGGCGACCCCGCCGCCGCAGGCAGCCCCGAGCCGCCACCAGCACAGAUACCAGCAGUAUGCCUGUCAUAAAGUACCCGAGGCUUAGAGAUCCUCUCUUUUAUGAAUGGGACAGGAAAGCCCAGAAAUGUGGAUUAAGACACACAAUUUAUGCUGUAAAUGGGGAUCAGUAUACUGGAGAAUGGCUGGACAACUUGAAACAUGGUAAAGGCACCCAGAUUUGGAAAAGCACAGGAGCCAUUUACAGCGGUGACUGGAAGUUUGGGAAGAGGGAUGGUUAUGGCUCAUACAGCAUUCUUGACCCAGUGACCAAGGAAUACAAGAGGGUGUACACAGGCUGGUGGGAAAAUGACAGAAGAAGUGGCCGGGGGAUGUUCUUUUACCCCAACGGGGAGCUCUACGAGGGCGAGUGGAGCAAUGGCUUGCGCAGCGGCUGGGGAAAGAUGCACUACAAGGACGGCUCCACCUACGAGGGAGAGUGGCUGACAGACCAGCCCAACGGGCAGGGCCUGCUGCGGCUCCCAAAUGGAAAUCGGUACGAAGGAGGUUGGAAAGAUGGCAAGAAGCAUGGCCCAGGAAAAUACUUCUACCUAGACAAGGGAGAGCUGUUAGAAGGCAUCUGGGUAGCAGAUAUACCAAAGUGUGGAGUUCUGGUUGACUCUGGCAGAGACAACGCUCCAGCCCCUUCUGAAUUUCCCCUCCCAGAGAUUAAACUACAUGAUCCAGCUGCUGUUAUAGCCGAGGCCCGGGCAACGUUUGAUGACAGCCAUAAUUAAUAACCAGAUGAAGAAAAAAAAUUCAAGAACACGAUCCCGGGUUAUUUAUUC